AUGUCGAACUGCCGACCAUGGCUGCCUUCUGACCCCGUCCCCGGCCUCAGCCUCCUCCUCGCCGCCCCCUCCCCAGCCCCUGGCCCCGGGCCCCCCACUUCUGCCUGCGCUGUGACCCCCCCAGCCGCCGGCACGGCCCCGCCCCCGCUGCCCCGGUGGUGGCCCACGGCCCCCCGGCUGCCCGUGGUCAAACUGGAGUCGCUGAAGCGCUGGAACGAAGAGAGGGGCCUCUGGUGCGAGAAGGGGGUGCAGGUGUUGCUCACCACGGUGGGCGCCUUCGCAGCCUUCGGCCUCAUGACCAUUGCCAUCAGCACGGACUACUGGCUCUACACGCGCGCCUUCAUCUGCAACACCACCAACCUCACGGCUGGCGACGACGGGCCCCACCACCGCGGGGGCAGUGGCUCCUCGGAGAAGAAGGACCCCGGCGGACUCACCCACUCGGGCCUCUGGAGGAUCUGCUGCCUGGAAGGGUUGAAAAGAGGCGUCUGCGUGAAGAUCAACCAUUUCCCGGAGGACACGGACUACGACCAUGACAGCGCGGAGUAUCUGCUCCGAGUCGUCCGGGCCUCCAGCAUUUUCCCCAUCCUCAGCGCCAUCCUGCUGCUGCUCGGGGGCGUGUGCGUGGCGGCCUCCCGGGUCUACAAGUCCAAGAGGAACAUCAUUCUGGGAGCAGGGAUCCUGUUCGUGGCAGCAGGCCUGAGCAACAUCAUCGGCGUGAUCGUGUACAUCUCGGCAAACGCGGGCGAGCCGGGCCCGAAGCGGGACGAGGAGAAGAAGAACCAUUACUCGUACGGCUGGUCCUUCUACUUCGGCGGGCUGUCGUUCAUCCUGGCCGAGGUGAUCGGCGUGCUGGCCGUCAACAUCUACAUCGAGCGCAGCCGCGAGGCGCACUGCCAGUCUCGCUCGGACCUGCUCAAGGCCGGCGGGGGCGCGGGCGGCAGUGGCGGGAGCGGCCCCUCGGCCAUCCUCCGUCUGCCCAGUUACCGCUUCCGCUACCGCCGCCGCUCCCGCUCUAGCUCCCGCUCCAGCGAGCCGUCGCCGUCGCGGGACGCGUCUCCCGGCGGCGCCGGGGGCCCGGGCUUCGCCUCCACGGACAUCUCCAUGUACACGCUCAGCCGCGACCCGUCCAAGGGCAGCGUGGCCGCGGGGCUGGCUAGCGCCGGUGCCGGCGGCGGGGCGUACGGCGGCGCGGCGGGGGGCGCGGGGGGCGGCGGCGGCGGCGGCGGGGCGGGCUCAGAGCGGGACCGCGGGGGGGCGUCCGGCUUCCUCACGCUGCACAACGCCUUCCCCAAGGAGGCGGGCGGCGGCGUCACGGUCACGGUCACCGGGCCGCCCGCCGCGCCUGCGCCCGCCGCGCCCGCGCCCGCCGCGCCAGCCCCCGGGACCCUGGCCAAGGAGGCCGCCGCCUCCAACGGCAACACGCUCAACAGGAAAACCACACCCGUGUAG